AUGUUGCGGCGCGCGAUGCAGAAGGCGAAGAAGAAUGGAUAUAUUGGCGCGCCACGUCACAAUCCUUCGCCGACUACUGAGGCAUACAAUUCACCGGCCACUCAGACGCAUUAUCCGCCACCGGCUACUCAGGCGUACAAUCCGCCGUCCGCUCCUCAGGCGUACAAUCCGCCACCUGCUACUCAGACGUACUACCCACCGCCCGGUCUUCAGGCAUACAAUCCGCCACCGGCUACUCAGACGUACUAUCAGCCGGCUGCUCCUCAAGCGUACUAUCCGCCGCCUGCUCCUCAAGCGUACUGUCCGCCGCCUGCUCCUCAAGCGUACAAUCCGCCGCCUGCUCCUCAAGCAUACAAUACACCGCCUGUUCCUCAAGCGUACAAUCCGCCGCCUGCUCCUCAAGCGCACAAUCCGACGCCCACUCCACAGGCGUACAAUCCGUCACCGGCUACUCAGACGUACAAUCCACUACCCGCUCCUCAGGCGUACAAUCCGCCACCGGCUACUCAAACGUACAAUCCACCACCGGCUACUCAGACGUACAAUCCACCACCCGCUCCUCAGGCGUACAAGCCGCCACCCGCUCCUCAGACGUACAAUCCACCACCCGCUCCUCAGGCGUACAAGCCGCCACCGGUUCAAGCUGAUGAACGGUUUUAA